GCCGAAACCUUGUUCCUUGUUUUGAAGGUUUUGAAUCUGACCGCUGCCUAAUCUGCUAUCUUGUUUCCGGACGUCUCAUGCGAAGUUCUAAAACGCUGAAUUAAAGUUGUAAAGCGACGGAGCACCGGAGAAAACAAAGUCAGCCUCAAGUUCAGUCAUGUUAAGUGCGAACAAGGGAGGGGCUCAGACUCAGUCCGCUCAGUUUCUUCUGCCUUUCUACCGAAUCCUCAGCACCCGCAAAGUUUGGUGGGGCCUGGGGUUCUUCAGUGUCCGACUUCUGCCGCAGGACUUGGCCGGCGACAUCGACAGGAGGCGAGUGCUGCUGCACUUCGUCUCGUCCGCCAAGCCCGUGGCGACCUGCAAGGUAACUCUGGCUGUCAACGACGUCCAGUUCGCCGACGUACCGCUGAAAGUCGUCAACGUGAGCGGUCACGUAAAAGCCGGCAUUAAUUCCAUCUCGAUCUCGGGCUCUGGCAUCCCCAGAGACUUGUGCGUCGGAGUUCUCGUCGUGGACAGGACCGAAGACCUCAAGCUGGUCGCUCCUCUCGCCGACGACGGCCAGGGCAUCCACGACGUGUCCGCCGCCAAAGCCCUGUCCGCUCUCAUGGACGACAAGGAGAACCGGGACGCCAUUGUGGACUGUGCUACGGUGUCGCUUAACUGCCCGCUGAAGAGAGCGCGGCUCGUGGUACCCUGCCGCGGCGCCGACUGCCGGCACGUCCAGUGCUUCGACGCAUUGGCCUACCUUAGGCUGAACGAAGCCACCGUCCGGCCCCUUUGGCGGUGUCCCGUGUGCGACAAGGACGUUGACGUGCGGGCGCUCCGCCUCGACCUCUUCACCCUGGAGGUGCUGCGGCAAGUCGCCGAGUCGUGCGACGCGGUGAAGCUGUUCGGGGGAGGGCUCUGGACGGCGGUUGACAAGCGUGCCGACGUGAUUUGUAUCGAGGACAGUCCGGCGAGGCCGCUCAGGCUCGUCAAUAGGGAACUCGAGGUGUCCUUCAUAGACCUGACGGCUUCUUUCACGGAAGACGCCUAAUCGGGAUGCGUGCGCUUGUUUGCGGGAUUUUAGUGUUACUUUCUUUUAUAAACCAGAGUUCAGGUUGAGGUAAA